ACAUGUACAUCACAUUGAUACAUUAAUAUUCCAAAUUAACUAUUCAUUUCUCCGAACUUUUGUCUGCUUCCAAAUUUUUUGCAUAUAUAAAUAUCAGCUCAAGGAAUGUUUAUGAACAUAACACAACUUGAAAAAGAAAAAAUGAACCUCUCAAGUAUUCGAACAAUGGCUGCUCUUUCCCCAAGGUCUCAUUCACAUAGUCCAUAUCGUACCCGUUGUGUUAGUUUUCCUGCUAGAUCACAUCCCAGCACCAUCAAGAUUGAGCAAGUUUUGAACAAAAUCAAAACUUGGGAAUCAUCUUCUCCUUUAUCUCCAAAAGCAGCAGAAAAAACCCAAAAUGCUUUGUCAGACCUUGUAGAAUUAUACGAGUGUAUAGAGGAACUCCUUGCGCUACCAAUGACUCAGCGAGCACUUCAUCCGCAUCAAGAUGACAAUUUUGUGAAGGAAUUGCUGGAAAGAUCAGUGAGAUUCAUAGACAUUUGCAGCAACACAAGGGAUACUGUUAUGUGUCUAAAAGAAAGCGUGAGAGAACUUCAAUCUGCCCUUAGGAGAAGCAAAGCCGGGGAUGAUUUUUUGACUAUUGAGGGUAGUGUAAGUACUUAUAUUUCUUCAAGAAAAAACACCCAAAAGGAGAUUGAAAAGUCCCUUACUAUGUUGAAACAGAUAGAUAACACCCCAUCAGCCACAAACACAGAAUCUCAGCUCUUUCCCAUAAUAAGGGUUCUUGAAGAUGCGAGUUUCACAACUAUUUCUACCUUUCAAUCAUUGCUAAUGUUUCUUUCUGUACCAGCUUCGAAACCAAAGUCCAAUAAAUGGUCAUUGGUUUCAAAGGUUUUACACAAAGGGCUUGUAGGCAGUGAAGGGCAGAGGGAAAAGCUGACUGAGCUGGAGAAAGUUGACACUGCAUUGAACAACUUGCUGGACAGUGUUUCUGGGCAUGAAGAGGAAGUGGAAAGUUUUGAAUUUGCACAAAGAAAUCUGGAGAAUUUGGAAGGUAGCAUUGAGGAUCUUGAAAAUGGAUUGGAGACGUUGUUCAAGCUUUUGAUCCGGACAAGGGUGUCUCUACUCAAUAUACUUUCUCUCAGUAGAUAAAGUAGACGGAACAUUAAGGUCUCAUGCAUGGCAGCUCAAGUAUUUUUUUGCAUGAUUGAAGCUGUGAUGUAUAGAUAUUUCUAGUCAUUGAGUCCUGUAAAUGAACAUAAUUGUGUAUAUUAUUAGCAGCUAAGGGAAGAGGGUUAGAAACAUGGACAAAGUUUUCCAAUUUCCUAAUCCUUUUCUCUUUGUCCUGUCGUAUCUCUGUC